AUGAGCCUACUACAUUCUGCAGCCGGUUUUGGCCAUUUGGCAGUUGCCAAAGUCCUCUUGGAUAAUGGCGCCGAUCCGCAUGCUAGGGAUCGAUUCGGUUACACACCGUUGAUCUUCGCAGCGGCGUAUGGCCAUUUGGAGAUCACAAAGGUUCUGCUUGCAAAGAGAGCGGACCCCAAUGCGAAGAACAUCCAAGGGUGGACUUCUCUGCACCGCGCGGCGGCAAGGGGUCAUCGCAAGAUCGUCAUGGCCCUCUUGGAGCUGGGCGCGGAUGUGCACGCCAUUGCAAACGGCCACAAUGGCGAAACUUUCACUCCUUUGAGCAUCGCUCGUUUCCACGGUCGCCAGGAGGUCAUCGCGGUCUUCACAGAAGAACGCAAAAAAGAACUUGCGUUCCGUCAUGAGGCGCAUGUCCAAGCCUUCAGGAUGGCGACGGACGACAUUGAGAAGUUUUGGGAGAUCAUAUGCCCUGAACUCAUUCCGGACCAGUGGGUGCCAAGGCAGUUGAUUCAUGCAGGUCAACUCGGCGCGUUGUUAGCUAUUUUCUUCAAGUCCGGGGUUGCAGAUGCCAAUCCUGACGUUUCUGAAUGGAUACGCAAGACUCACAGUAAGUUGUUCGAAUACUUGUUGAGGAUUGAUGCUUGCGUGCGCGACGAGCUACAGAAGCGCAAUCUUCCGAUGGCAACACUUAGAGAUCGCAAGAGCUACCUUGCAAUUCCUUUCUACAUGUUGGAGAUGUUGAAGCAGGGCAAGAACACCGAUUUCCACUUUGAGGUGACAAGGUAUUUUUCUGGCAACAUAUUGACCCACCUAGCUACAUGUAUUGACGAUCCUGAUGCCGCUCCUCAUUACCCUUUUGAUGAACUCCUGUGUGCCAGCUUCGCGGGAUGCACAAUAUCUCCAGGCAAACUCAGGAUAAAAUUACGCACGACCAUGCAGCAUCGCUGCUGUACUCCAAAGGCUUUGGAAUCUAUGUCGUGGUGGGAAUAUGAUUGGGAACCUGCAUUUGAUUUGACCCAUGCAAUAUGUUUUACAUUCCUCACAGGAACACUGGUGUACGAUUUCACAACAGAGCAGCUCUUAGCCAAGAUCGACUCGUGGCUUGAGCUUGUGACUUCUGGUCAAGGUCUAAACAUAAGGGCCCCCUACUUGAAUGACCUUGCCGCAGAGCUCCUGACGUGCCGCUGGCUGGUUGGUGGUGGAGAGGCCAAACCGGCUUUUUAUGCUCAGUACGGGGAGGACAUCAUGGAGGCAAGUGCCUUCGUUCAUUUGCGGCUUAAUGAAGCUGCGGCACAUGGUAGUGCGUUGCUGCAGCCCGUGUUUGCACGAGAGAGCAAUGGUUGA